ACGCAAUUUUAACAAAAAAUUUCUUUGCAUCAAUCAAUAUUUUUUCUCCAUUGAUGCACAGGUCGUGCUCCAAGAACCAAACAGGCUUGGAUCUCAUGUUCGUGACAUCUACUUCAUCCCCAACUACUGCUUACAGUUUCUUUAUAUAUUGUCUGCAUUCUUUCAUCGUUCCUUUAGAAAGAAGAUCAGGGUAGCUUGUUAUGUUACAUAAGUAUAUAUCAAGAUUUUGUAUACAACAAAUAUGGACAUUAAAGAGAAUAUCUUGAUGGGAAGAUAUGAGUUGGGUAGAUUACUAGGUCAAGGCACAUUUGCAAAGGUAUACUAUGCUCGCAAUUUGAGAACAGGAUCAAGUGUAGCAAUUAAGGUAAUAGACAAAGAGAAGGUUUCAAGAAUUGGGCUUAUUAAUCAAAUCAAGAGAGAAAUAUCAAUCAUGAGACUUGUGAAACACCCUAACAUCUUACAACUUUAUGAAGUCAUGGCAACCAAAACCAAGAUCUAUUUUGCCUUAGAAUACGCCAAAGGAGGUGAGCUUUUCAAUAAGGUAUCAAAAGGAAGGCUAAAAGAACAUAUAGCUCGUAAAUAUUUCCAACAGUUAAUCAGUGCCGUUGAUUUUUGUCACAGUAGAGGUGUUUAUCAUCGUGAUUUGAAACCCGAAAACUUGUUAUUAGAUGAGAAUGAAAAUCUUAAAGUCUCUGAUUUUGGGUUAAGUGCUCUUGCUGAAUCGAAGCGUGAAGAUGGCCUCCUGCAUACGACGUGUGGGACCCCUGCUUACGUGGCACCCGAAGUGAUCAAUAGGAGAGGCUACGAUGGUGAUAAAGCCGAUGUUUGGUCUUGUGGGGUGAUUUUAUAUGUUCUUUUAGCUGGUUAUCUUCCAUUUCAUGAUUCAAAUAUACUCGAAAUGUAUAGAAAGAUUGGAAAAUCGGAAUUUAGGUUUCCAAAUUGGUUUCCAUUAGAAGCACGAAGAUUGAUCUUGAGAAUCUUGGAUCCGAAUCCCGUUAAAAGAAUUACAAUUUCGAAAAUAAAAGAAAAUUCCUGGUUUAAAAAGGGAAAGAUCGAAAAUAAUGGAGCUUCAGGGUCGUCGUCGUCAACGGUCAUAAAAAGUCAAGAUUCAAUGAAGCCGUCGAGUAUGAAUGCGUUUCAUAUAAUCUCCCUGUCUCCAGGGUUCGAUUUGACAACGUUGUUUGAGGAAUCCCGACAUAAAAAGGAGGCGAGAUUUACUAUUUGGCGGCCGGCUUCUGUUAUUAUUUCUAAAUUGGAAGAAAUUGGUGAAGUUUUAGGGAUGAAAGUGAGUAAAAGAGAAGCGGGGUUGUUGAAAUUGGAGGGAAUGAAGGAGGGCAGAAAGGGAAUUUUGUCAAUUGAUGCUGAGAUAUUUGAGCUUACGCCGUCGUUUCAUAUGGUAGAAGUGAAGAAAUGUAAUGGAGAUACGUUGGAAUAUCAGAAAGUAGUAAACGAAGGUUUAAGACCUGGACUUGCCGAUGUAAUUUGGGAUUGGCAACAAGAUCAAGUACAACCAGAGCAGCAUGAGGGUUAAAGGGCUUGAAACGUUGAGUUUAUGCGGAAAACCUGGUCAAGCCGAAAUCAAGAAAGAUCCCUAGAUUAUAAAAAACUUUAUUAUCUUAUACAUGUGUAAUAGUCUUGCUGAUCAUAGCACACAGACACAUCGCCUCUCACUCUCUCUUUCUCUUUGAACACUCUUUAGCACAACUACACUCAUCAUACGAUCAGCACCUGUAACCUAUUUUCUACUUAAUCAAAGUUCUAAAACAAUGUGACUUUGUUAUCUCUCGAGAUUUUAUGCUGAAGAUCC